AUGGGAUAUACAAUAAAACAAAAGAUUGAUAUUUGUCUAAAAGCAGAGGCUAAUCCUCAUAUGACUCAAAUUGACCUUGCAAAUUGGGUCAUGACAGAAUAUGGAACCAAGAAACCUCCAUCACAAACUACAAUUUCCCGAAUUUUAAAUUCAAAAAAUGAUUUAAUUGCAUCCAAAGAAACUGAUUUUCAAUUAGUUAGACGAAGAAAACAAACAAAUCCGUUAUUAAGAAGGAUUUUAACUGAAUGGAUAACUCAAGCCAUCUGGGAAAAUAUCCCUAUCACAACUCCAAUUAUUCAACUGACUGCAAAUGCAAUUUGGACUAGAUUACCCAAGGAAGAAAAAGAUGGGAAUGGAGUCUUUAAUCAAAAAUGGUGUAGUCAUUUCAUUAAAAGAUUAAAUAUUGAUUUAACGGGAUAUAAAAAAGGUGAUUAUAUGAAAUUAAAUGAUAAAUAUCCUUUAAAUAAAGUAUGGAAAUUAGAUGAAAAAAUAGAAUUAAAAGGGUUUCUUUAUGAUUUAAUUAAAAAAGAGAAUUAUAGUCCACAAGAUAUCUUUGUCCUUGAUGAAUUUCAAUUAUUUUAUUCAUUACCUUUAGAUCAAAUAUUUGAUGUAUCUUCAAUUGAUAAAGGUUUAAAACAAUCAAAAUCAACUACUGAAAAUUCCUUAACUAUCAUGUUAGGUUGUAAUAUAGAUGGACUGGAGAAAUUAGCUCCAUUAAUAGUGGGGAAAUAUGAUACUUUUGAUAUAUCAAAAACCACACAUCAAUCAUUAAAGAAUGUUAUCCCUCAUGCAGUUUCACCACAAACAUUAAUGAAUAAAAUAACAGAAGCAUAUCGAAUAUUUUAUAAAUCAAAUACCAAUAAAUGGAUAACUUCUUCAAUGUUUCAAAAUUAUUUACUUACAUUAGAUCAUAAAAUUCAUAGUGCAACUCCAACUCGAAAGAUAUUAAUCCUUUUGGAUGAUUCAUCUUCUCAUAGAAUAAUUAAUUUAAAGUUUACCAAUAUACGACUAUGUUAUUUGAAAAAUGAUGCCAAUCAUAAAAAUCCUUAUAAUACAACUUAUAGUGGAGUUAAAUUUGAUUAUUUACCGAUGAAUUUUGGUAUAAUUGAAGAAUUUAAGAUUUUGUAUCGAUUACAACAAUAUUUAGAAAUGAUAAAUCUACAACGGAACAACUCGAAACCAACCACCACAACCAACACAACCGGUAAAUCUAGCACCACCAAUAGUAGUCCCCAACAAGAUGAUAAUUCCAACCCGAUGACAACAGCAACCACUCCAGGCAGUCAAAUGGAUCUAAACACCAUGUCCACCACCGCCACUGCCACCACUCUCUCUUCCAAUAUCAACGGACUAGAAGUAUUAUCCGAAGAAGACUAUCAUAUCCCCAUAAUCCGAGUCAUUGAAUGGAUAACCCGAUCCUGGCAUUCCAUCACCCAAGAGAGAAUCUUCUCCUCCUGGAAAAAAACCCAUUUAUUCAAAUUAACCGGCCAGGAUUGGCCCAGUGAUCAAACUCGACAGAUUGCAAGUAUGACUUUAGAUCCAUUACAAAUUAGAUUAAGAGAUGUGUAUGAUCCUAAUAAGAGUUAUAACAAACUAGCUGAGAUUAUGGGAUAUUUGAAUGUUGUCAUUCCUUGGGAGAUUGAUGAAUUGUUGGGAUUGGUUAAUGAGAGAGGAAAAGUGACGUUGAGUUAUGCUAGUAUUGAAGAGAUUAUUGGGAGUUGUUUACUGGAGUCAUAUGAUGGGAAGAAAGAAGGGGGGAUGAGUGAUGUGGAUGAGAGUUUGGCAGGAGGAGGAGGGAGUGAUGAGAAUCAAUGGUAUAAUAUGAAUGAUAGUGCUAGUGCCGCCACUACUGAUAAUGCGUUGUUUUUUAAUACGAAGUCAUCGGGAUUCGAGUUCCCCUUGUCGGAAGUUGUGGUUGAGGAUCAUCCUUCUACAACUUCUUCAAUGGAAGAUUCAUCGAAUUCAAAAAUAUCAGAUCCUCCAAGUGUGCUACUGACAACUUCUCAAAGUGCUGAAAGUCUUCUUCCUACUUCGGCAUCGUCUGUGGUUCGAUUAGGCGGAGGUGGGCCUGAUUUGGAAUCUUCAUCUUCAUCAAUUCCUCCAAUUCAGAUUACACCACCGGUUUUGUCAUCCAGAUUUCCAUCCACCAGUCCUCCAAUGAUCCCACUCCCACCACCACCACCGACAUCAGUGAUUUCCGGUCCAAGUCCGAUGCAAUAUCCUUCAAAUGAAAGUCUGAUAAGACUAUCAACCAAACAUAAAUCUCUCCCCAAUAAUAUCGAUCCAAAUCCAUGGGAUACUAAGAGAAGACGGAGUGGUGGACAAGCAUUACUGAGUUCGAUGAGUUAUGAAUAUCCGACAUUACCACCGCCUCCAACUUCCGUGUUACAACAACAACAACAUAUACAACAACAAUCGAGAUUACAUAUGACCGCCUCUGAGUCUGCCAUUGGGACUAGUAGUUCUGGUGGUAUGUAUGGUGGGUUGACUAAUAGUGUUCGAUCACCAAUUGGAGGAUUUCCAAAACCUCCAACAGCAUCAUCGUCAUUUCAGAGUCCGUCAGUUGGGCAUAUGGGAUUUCCCACCACCACAACUGGUAAUAUGCCUCAAAUAGGUGGAUUAAUAGGAGGAGUGGUUCCUGGGACCAGUGGUGGGAGUGGGAGUGGUACACCUACUGGCGGAAGUGUUAACGAUUUUGAGGUUAUGAAUAUGUUGGCAAAAGUGAUUGAUAUGGCUAGUCUGUCUGAUAGUAUUAAAUUAUCGGAGAAUACUUUACAAGAAUUGAAAUAUAAUUUAGGAAUGGCACAAUCGAAAUUUGGUCCCUCAUCUGGUGGUGGUGGUUCGACAGGAGGGGGGACAACAUAG